AAUAUGAUUCUGAAAUCGUGAGGCUGAGGGGGUAGCAAACUUUGAGUUGACGGAUCUGCUGCUUGAAGUGAUUGAGCAGAGCAAAUUUUUUUUUUUAAAAAGCACAUACACAGGGCGAUGUCUCACUUCCGUAACUUGCUGAAUUUAAGCAAAGGGAAGGAAUGCAUCUCCCGUGCUCUCCAGGCGAUUGGAUUUUCGCAGCCUCACAGGCAGCCAUCGCCCAGCCACGCGGUGCAGCUGAAGGGGACCAACGACGCCGGGGAUGUGGACAACUUCGUGGGGGAGUCGGCGCCGUCUGGAACUAAAGCCCAGGCGGUCAAAAACUUGUCUGAAAUGCCCGGACCCAGUACAUGGAGCAACCUGGUGGAGUUUUUCUGGAGGGACGGUUUCAGCAGAAUACACGACAUUCAGCUCCAUCACACGCAGAAAUAUGGCAAGAUCUUUAAGUCGCGCUUUGGAACUCAAUUCGUUGUCUCCAUUGCUGAUCGGGACCUGGUGGCACAGGUAUUGAGGGCAGAGGGCAGGGCCCCUCAAAGGGCCAACAUGGAGUCAUGGCAGGAGUACAGACAAUUGCGAGGAAGGGCGACGGGAUUGAUAUCUGCAGAGGGUGAGGAGUGGCUCAACAUGAGGAACAUCCUAAAACAGCGGAUCAUGAAGCCCAAGGAUGUGGCUGUGUUUUCGGAAGAUGUGACAGAUGUUAUCGCUGACCUAAUCAAAAGGAUGAAGUACAUAAAGGUUCAGGAAGGAACCUCAGAGAUCUUAACCAAUGUGAACAGCUUGUUCUUCAAGUUCGCAAUGGAAAGUAUUGCCACUAUCCUUUUUGAAACCCGUCUGGGAUGUUUAGAAAACCAGAUCUGCCAAGAAGCAAAGGACUAUAUGGAAGCUCUGGAGCUCAUGUUCAGCAUGUUCAAGACCACCAUGUACGCAGGGACCAUUCCCAAAUGGCUGCGGCCUUUCAUCCCCAGACCUUGGAAUGAGUUCUGUCAAUCCUGGGAUGGACUUUUCCGAUUUAGUGAGAUCCAUAUUGACCGAAAAAUAACUCAGAUUAAGCGGCAACUGGAAGAGGGAGAGGAAAUCCAGGGCGGACUAUUGACCUCCUUGCUGGUCAAUCAGGAGAUGACUCUAGAGGAAAUCUAUGCAAAUAUGACGGAGAUGCUGCUGGCUGGAGUUGAUACGACAUCUUUUACUUUAUCCUGGAGCACGUACUUACUGGCCAGAAAUCCCACAGUUCAGAGUGAGGUGUAUGCAGAGAUUGCUCAGAACCUUGGACGUGACGUGACCCCAACAGCACAGGAUUUGUCCAAAUUACCUUUGGUCCGGGGAGUUCUCAAGGAAACGCUGAGACUCUUCCCUGUUCUUCCCGGGAAUGGACGGGUCACCCAAGAGGACAUGAUUGUUGGUGGAUACUUCAUCCCAAGCGGAACUCAGCUUGCCCUCUGCCACUACACCACGUCUCACGACAGCGAGGUUUUCAAAGAGUCUGAGGAGUUCCAACCACAACGCUGGCUGAGGAAGACCGACAUGGACCGGGUGGAUAACUUUGGUGCCAUCCCGUUUGGCUACGGGGUGCGGAGCUGUGUGGGACGGAGGAUCGCAGAGCUGGAGAUACACCUAGCGCUUAUACAGCUCCUGCAAACAUUUGAGAUACAGGUGGCUCCCAGUACUGGAACUGUUCCUGCCAAAACGCAUGGCCUACUGUGUCCCGGGAAGCCUAUCGACCUGAAAUUUGUUGACAGGAAGUAAUGUCACCCCAUCCACGACAUGGGUGUAAGGGGAGCACAGGCCUGUGUGGCAUGAAGUGGACACCUGGAGAACCGACUGAAAACAUUUUCAAUAUGUGUCGCGAACAGAUCUGAUUUAAGCCGACAAUGAUGAGGCUUUCGAAGCGACUGGGGAAACAACGACAGGCAAUGAGGAAAUGACUACAGAGGCUUUUAUUCAACUUGAUUUUAUCUGCAUGCGCAGAGCAGAGAUUGUUCCACCUUAAAUUGAUGUCAGAGAUCGUUGUUUGACAAAGUGCUAGUUGGAGAAUGUUUUUUUUUUCCUUUGGGAGAUUGCAAGGUUACAUCUUGUUGCUUUACAAACCCUACCUCCGUAACAUUUUCUCCAAUCCCCAACAAUUUCUCACCUCCCCCACCAUCCUAAGAUUCUAUGCUCACCACCUGCCCUGAAUGUGCUUAUCGGCAACGUUAUCUCUAAGCUGUAAGGAUAAUGCAUGGCUACACAACCAAGCAGGGGAUAAGCAAGCUGUGCACAGGCAGUGAUCCCAUUAAGAUGAGCAGCUGCAGAGCAGUCUUAAAAGAGACUGCACCUUGCAAGAAAUGGUCCAUGCACAAAGAGGGAGAUUUAGAGGGAGCAUUGCUUCUGGUGCUGGAGCAUGCUUGCAAGGUUACUGUCACCAUUGCACUUACUGCAAUGAUCUCAAACCAGUGUGGGAUGGGACCAAGAGGAAGCCCCUUAAUUAAAAUAGCCAGUAAUGCCUACCCCAUCAUCUUAUUAAUCAAGAGACAGACUUUUAAAGGUCCAGAUAUUUGGUCUAAAAAUGAGUUGCUCAUUAUAAAACAUAAACUAAUACACAUUGACAGCUGGUUUAUAAACUUAUAACUGGUCAUAUGAAACUACACUUAGUCCCACAGUUUACCUCGGGUUCUAAAAACAGACCCAGUGAGAUCUCGACCCACCCCUCUCCUCGUAAUAAUCUUCCUGCUUUCAUCCCAAAUUAAGGCUGAUUAACAUUCCCAUUAGGAAGGAAAUCGAGUUCCAUGUUUGUAUGUUUAAUUCUGCAGUUUUGGUCAUUGGACAGUUGAACCUUGUGCAUUGACUCCCUAACUUAGCAUUAGUAAAACCGCCUCCCUUAUGUUAGCUGAUUGGCAGACUCAGAUUUUCGUGGACCAAUGGUGCGAUUGCUGAGAUACAGUAGUAGAUUUUACAAUGUAAGCACAAGGAAGCCAAGGCACUGAUAUUACUGGCCUAUCACAAGAACUGCCAAAGCACCAAAUAUAAAAGUCUGUUUAGUUGUAAAUGAAGACCUGAUGACAGCAUCAAUGCUGAAGAAUAACCUGGGUCUGAAUUUUCACCUUGACGGAGACCCUUUCCAACUUAGCCAAAAUGGCACCGGAGGCCCAAACCAAGAGGUCCUAUUCCCGAACCCGGUACCCACAAUUUUUGUGUGGGUGGGGGGUGCGAACGGGGGGAAGGUUGCACUUUGGACAUGCGCAUUUCACAGAGGUAGCUGUACAUGUGAAACUGCAGCUGCUUUCAGUCAGAUUUCAUUUCCAAAAGGAAGGGAUGGGAAAUAUGACAUGCUCUUUAGACUUAUCAGGAGAAGGUCUAAAGCUGCCAAAGUUAUUUGGAGGGUUAGGCUAGCCUUUUGGAGAAGUGGGGUGCUCUUUUGAACAGGUCCAGGGACACCUUUGGGAAAGGUAAGAUGCCCUUUGCGAUUGUUAAAAGUAGGCAUGAAUGUGCAUAAGAAGUGUAUAAACUCAUUGGAGCUGUCAAGUGAACUGUCAAGCUGUUGAGGAAUUUAAGUCUCCUGCCCUUUAAAUUUUUGAAAAAAAACUGCCUGCUGUGCUUUUAAAAAAACAUCAGUGCCUGCUCUGUCCAUUGACAUAAGCUUGAGGGCUAUCAUCAUAGGUUUUGUGCUGCAUGACUGAUUUCACAUUCUAUCAUUAUUAUCACAGUGGGAUGCCUGUCAGUUCACAGUUUGACUGCUCCAAGUGCUUAUAAAGUCUUUGAAGACGGGCUGUGAAUACAAAUGCUUAUUUCAUAAGGGCUUAAGUAGUUGAAGGAAGUUAAACAUGGGGUAGAAUUCUCCCCCCCCCCCCCCCC